GUAUACGAUAAAUAUUGUGUAGCGAUACGAGGAAAAACUGAUUACCUGUACCGUAAACAAAAUAUAUUUUUAUUCAGUUAAAACAUUUCAGACUGUUUGGUAAACAGGGACAAAUUUAAACUCCAACGUAAUAAUAGUUUAUAAACGGACGUUGUUGAUUAUAUGCGGAUAUUUUAAAUCAAAUUUUAUUGAAAAAUGAAAUUUCUUCUCUCUAUACUGGUUAUCAUUGGUAACUUGAAUGUGUUGCUUGCAAACAAUGAUAACUGUAGAGAAAACGAUCUGAAUGCUUUAAUGGUACGUCUGCGUGCACUUCGAACAGAAUUUGACAAACAGAAGAAUGUUCUCGAGGACCUAAAAGAAGAACUUAAAGAACUUAGACAAAAUACAUCUUCAGAAAUAGCUGAAAUUAAAGAGAGCAUGAAAGGCAUGACAGUAGUUGUUGAAAACAUUAAAAAAGACCUCGAGAACAGUACCUCCAGUUUAAAGGCAGCUACAGAUGAAGUGAAAGCUAGUUGCAAUAAUAGAUUUUCAGACCUGUCGCAAAAGUUUGCUGCUUUGGAAAAGCAAAUUAAAGAGUUGGAUCAGACAACGGAGAAAAAAACACAGACAGUAGCAUUUAAUGUUAUGGAUGCAAUAAACUACGCGGGUCUGGAACCAAUUAAAUUCUCAAAUAUUUUAUUGAACGAAGGCGACGCCUACAACAAAUUUACUGGGUUUUUCACAGCGCCAACUGAAGGGAUUUAUCUGUUUACAGCACACAUUUGCGGCAAGAAAAGUACACCAGAAAUAGAGUACCACAUAAAGGUUCGAGGUAGUAAGAUUGUAACCGGAGAGUUUAAUGUCCCGAAUAACACGAAUAAAGCUACUGAUCCAAAAUGUACAUCUUUUAGCGCAGCUGCGUUGGUACGAAAAGGUGACAAUGUUUGGGUUGGGGGAAUGUUUUUCAAUGAAUUAGAUCGAUUGUCUGGUGAUGACUUAUCUUCUUUCUCAGGUGUACUGAUACAAAAAGUAUAGCGGCACAGCUCUUCAACACUGCGUAGGGUGUACUGUAUAUAUUUGCUGCAAGAAAGUGCAUCAAAAAUAGAGUAUUACAUGAUGAAUUUCCUAUUUUAUAACGACAUCUCGACCAUGUGCCCAGACCUGGGCUCCUUUCUGGUGAUCCUGUGUUGUGGGAUGUGUUCAUUUAAUGUCGCCAUUCUUUAUUGAUAUUGUGUAAUAUAAAAAUAAUAAUAACAAUAAAAUCUUUACUUAUAGAAGGUUA